GAUUCUUGGCUCUCUUGUCUCCUCCCUCUCCUCUUCGUCUUCUUCUUCCAGAACUUAUCUGUUGGAUUCCUGUUCGUUCUGAUGGUUAAUGGAACGGGAUUCAACGGGUUUCCAGGUCCGACCAAUCGGACACGGUUCCCAGACCAAUCCGUAUCGCCUCUACCGAAUCAAAGCUUCACUUCUGUGGCCGGACAUUUAUACGACGGAUUCAGUUACACUGUCGCGGAUGCGGCGGAGGCUUUGCCGCCGCCGGAUUCCGAGUUGACUCUGGAGGAGGACUCUCCGGAGGACUGCGAUUUCUCCGACGUUGUGUUGAACUACAUCAACCAGAUGUUGAUGGAAGAGGAUAUGGAGGACAAAGCUUGUAUGCUUCAGGAGUCUCUAGAUCUCGAAGCCGCCGAGCGAUCUCUGUACGAAGCUAUCGGUAAGAAGUACCCUCCUUCUCCCGAGCCUAACUUAGCUUACGCUGAAAGCAACGGCGAAACCCAAGAUCACGAACUCUCCGGGAACUUCGCCGGAAAUCUCGUCGACGGCGAAUGCAUUUCCAGAAAUGGUUGGACGCAGUCCCUGCGUAGUUUUACCCUUGAUUUCCGGAAUUCGCAGAGCCGUUCAUCGGCUCUUAGUGCCUCUCAAUCUUCGUACAGCUCGCCGAACAGUAUAGCCACAUAUGGGUAUGGUUUAGAUGAACCGUCGAACACUUUGUAUCCAAGUAGUGAUGCAAAUGGUGAGCGUCAAUCGGUUUGGCUGUUUAGGAGAGGGAUUGAGGAAGCUAGAAAGUUUCUUCCCGGUGAGAAUGAGUUGAUUGUAGAUUUCAGAGGUAACAGUAAUGGAGAGAUGGCUGUGAAGGAAGAGGCGAAGGAUGAGAAUGGUAGAGACAGAGGAAGGAAAAACCCGAACCGUGAUGAGAUCGGUCUCGAAGAAGAGAGAAGUAGCAAACUGCCUGCAGUGUUUCCAGAAACCAUUGUAAGAUCCGAUGUUGCAGAUAAGAUCUUGGUUCAUGUCCCGGGGCAAGAUAGCAUGAAGGAGUUUAAUGCCCUCCGAGAUUCUUUGAAGAAGGGCGUGGAGAAGAAGAAGAACACAUGUCCUCGGGAAGAGAGGAGAGGAAGAAGAUCGAACAGGAGAAGAGGGUCGGGGAGGGGACAGAAUGGCAAACCCGAAGUUGUAGAUUUGAGAAGCCUUUUGAUACAUUGUGCACAGGCAGUUGCAGCCGAUGACCGGAGGAAUGCCAAUGAGUUACUGAAACAGAUCAGACAGCAUUCUACUCCGUUCGGUGACGGAAACCAGAGAUUGGGUCACUGUUUCGCGAACGGUCUGGAAGCGCGGCUUGCGGGUACUGGUAGUCAGAUUUACAAAGGGCUCAUGACAAAAUCGAGGUCUGCUUCUGAUGUCUUGAAGGCUUACCAUCUGUUCCUUGCUUGCUGUCCUUUUAGGAAACUCUCUAACUUCAUUUCGAACAAGACUAUAAAGGAUUCCAUGGGGAAUUCCCAGCGGCUUCAUGUGAUUGAUUUUGGUAUCCUUUAUGGUUUCCAAUGGCCAACUCUUAUUCAGAGGUUAUCACUGUACGGAUCACCUAAAGUUAGGAUCACCGGAAUUGAAUUCCCUCAGCCCGGAUUUCGUCCUGCACAGAGAGUCGAAGAAACAGGCCAACGGUUAGCAGCUUAUGCCGAAGAAUUCGGGGUGCCAUUUGAGUAUACUGCAAUUGCAAAGAAGUGGGAUACCAUUCAACUCGAAGAGCUCAAGAUUGAGAAGGAUGAGUUUCUUGUCAUCAAUUGUCUAUACCGGGCAGAGAACCUGCACGAUGAAACAGUCAAAGUAGAGAGUUCUAGAGAUGCUGUCCUCAAUUUGAUACGGAAGAUCAAUCCCGAUCUUUUCAUCCAUGGCAUAGUUAACGGGGCAUACAAUGCCCCGUUCUUCGUAACACGGUUUCGGGAGGCUCUGUUCCAUUUCUCUUCGAUCUUUGACAUGCUUGAGACGAUUGUUCCUCGGGAGGAUGAAUCUAGGAGGCUUCUCGAGAUGGAGGUCUUCGGGAGAGAGGCAUUGAACAUAAUUGCCUGCGAAGGGUGGGAGAGAGUGGAGAGACCGGAGACUUACAAGCAGUGGCAGGUCAGAACUAUGAGGUCAGGGUUUGUGCAAGUACCCUUUGAUCCAGCUAUCAUGAAGAUGGCUUUGCGUAAAGUUCAGUUACAUUAUCACAAGGACUUUGUGAUCGAUGAAGAUAGCCGGUGGGUCUUACAAGGUUGGAAAGGAAGAACUGUCAUGGCUCUCUCUGCUUGGAAACCAAUCUCCAAGGCUCUGUAACUAUUCCCGAGAACGUAGAUACAGGCAAUUUUGGAGGUGCAGAAGAGAAUGCUCUAAGAAUCCACGACCCCGUUUUUGGUACUGACCCUAAUCUCAUGCAUCAUAUUAUCGAUGUAACAUUGGUUCUAAUCUAACUGGGAUUAGAUGUUUACGGUUUUCGGUCUAGACUCUUCCCAAAGUUUGCUCAUUUAGCUAGGGAGAUGAAUCGAGAGCUGUACAUUGCUUAGCAACGUUAACUUGUUUAGAUAUUGUAAUACCCUGUUAGAAGAUACUUGCCAAAACAAUGGCCUAAAAAGGAGGUUUCUCAUUUUCCAAUCCAACACUUGGACCAAAGCUGUACUUUGAGUAGAAAAUGUUUAUUCCUAGA